AUGGCAAAGGCCAUGGUACCUGGCCAGGCCCGUCCGACCGCCCUAGAUGACAGGCUCGGUUUCAAGUGGCACUCCGCAUGCCGGCAUACCCAUCCCUCGGUUGAUGCGCUGCUGACGGUCAUGAAGCGCCACAACGUCGGCUUUGAUGACAUUGAAACGUCCCAUCGGCAUUCUCUCACAGAGCGAAAGGGCCUCGACAGUUAUCAGAGCAAGUUCUCCAUGGGGUUUGCCCGGGCGGUAGCGGCGAAAAACGGACGAGCUUCCGUGACCGACUUAACCGAAGACACCUUCAAAGAUCCGGCACUGAGAGCCUUACAAAAACGAGUCACAAUGCAGCACGACCCCGAUAUUGAUGCUGCGUUUCCAUAA